AAUUCAAUCAUUGAAUUGUCACAUUCCACAAUUCAACAAGUGGAAGCAUCUAUUUUAUUGGGUUAUCUUGAUUGCUUUUUAGAUAAACCGGAGUUAGGCGCAUAUUGUGGCGAUUACUCUUUAAAUGGCAACGAACAGUGUGAUUGUGCGGAUAUAAAACAUUGUUCAAAAUGUUGCAAUCCAUCAACUUGUUUACUUUUAGAAGGAGCCAAGUGUGGACACGGGCCUUGUUGUAAUUUUGAAACUUGCGAGCUCUACAAGUCAACAGAUAAUCAUGUAUGCCGUCCAGCAACCAGUGAUUGUGAUAUAGAAGAAAAAUGUGAUGGAUCAUCUCAAUUCUGUCCUCCUGAUCUUCAUGUGCACGAUGGUUGGAGUUGUGAAUACACUGUUUUAAUGGUAAAUGUGGCAGUUAUCAUCUUUCAUGUGAUAAAAUUUUCGAAAGUUCUGAUCCUGCCCCAGAUUCGUGUUAUGAAAGAAAUUCAUUGGGUACAGAUUAUUUUAAUUGUGGUCCUCCAAGUCGCUAUUUUUAAACCUUCGACGGAAGCAAAAAAAUGUAAAAAGGAAGAUGUCAAAUGUGGCCGAUUACCAUGCACUGACAGAUUAAGAAACUCAAUUAAACAAGCAUAUUCAAGGUUUAUACGUGACUUUCUAGAUCCACCCUGUCGAGGUAUCCAUAUCUCCAGAAGCUUCCAACGUAACGCAACCGAUUUAGGUUUAGUACCUGAUGGUGCGCCUUGUGCUGUAAAUAAAAUGUGUCUCAACCAAGAAUGCAUUCCAGUGUCAAAAGUUAUUGAGACGAAACCUUGUCCAAUCAAUUGCCAAAAUCGAGGUAAAUGUACUAACCAAGGAACUUGUAUUUGUAAUUAUCCAAAAGAUAAGUCGCCUGAUUGCUCUUUCUCCUCGGUAACUUCAUCGAAUUGGCAAGCCUUGUUUCGAUACUUUGAAACAACAAUUCAAUUAAUUGUAAUGGUUGUGGUGACGUCAACAUGGAUUUGGAUUAAUAAAUAAUAAAUAUAAUUGUUUUUA